GCCCCGCCUUUUAUGUUGCUCCCACUCUGCGGCGGGAAGAACCACCUGGAGGUGGCGGGGGGGUUUGAUUUCCAUCACCCCUACGGAGAGAGGAUCGGGGACCCGCUGAUCUUCCAGCUCCCCUCACCCAACGUCGUGCGCGGUGCAGAGCCCUCUUUGCCCCCCACGAACAUGCGCCUGGUGCACAGAUGACGGCCGCGGGGCGCGCGCUGCCCUAGAGCUGCCCCAGCCCCUGAUGCGGAGCUGGUGUGCGGGGAAGGAUGGAUUCCAAAGACCAGAGCUCACAUGUGUGGCCUACGGCUGCGGAGCACGAAGGCGGCACUACGCAGGUACACUUUGUGCCAGACACUGGGACUGUGACUCAGAUUGUCUACACCGAUGACCAGGUCCGCCCACCCCAGCAGGUGGUAUACACGACAGAUGGUGCCUCCUACACGUCAGUGGAUGGUCCGGAGCACACUCUGGUGUACAUUCAUCCUGUGGAAGCUGCGCAGACUCUGUUUACAGAUCCAGGCCAGGUAACUUAUGUCCAGCAGGAUGCCACGGCUCAGCAGGCCUCGCUACCUGUGCACAACCAGGUGCUCCCUUCAAUUGAGAGCGUGGAUGCAUCUGACCCUUUGGCAACUCUGCAGAACCCCCUGAGUAGGCUGGAGACCAAAGAGGAGGAGGACGAUGAGGAAGAGGAGGACUCUGAGGAAGAUGAGGAGGAAGAUGGUGAAGAUUCUGACCUGGAUGACUGGGAACCAGGCCCCCUUCGACCCUUCGACCCGCAUGACCUGUGGUGUGAGGAGUGUAACAAUGCCCAUUCUUCAGUGUGCCCCAAGCACGGCCCCUUGCACCCAAUCCCCAACCGGCCGGUGCUCACGAGAGCCAGAGCCAGCCUCCCCCUGGUGCUGUACAUCGACAGGUUUCUGGGGGGCGUGUUCUCCAAAAGACGCAUUCCCAAGCGCACCCAGUUUGGCCCAGUGGAGGGCCCCCUCGUCAGGGAGUCUGAGCUGAAAGAAUUCUACAUUCACCUAAAGGUAUCUCUUGAUAAAGGGGACAGAAAAGACAGGGAAUUGCAUGAAGACCUCUGGUUUGAGUUGUCUGAUGAGACCCUUUGUAACUGGAUGAUGUUUGUACGUCCAGCUCAGAACCACUUGGAGCAGAACCUGGUGGCUUACCAGUAUGGCCAACAUGUGUAUUACACGACGAUAAAGAAUGUAGAACCCAAGCAGGAACUUAAGGUGUGGUAUGCAGCGUCCUACGCUGAGUUUGUGAACCAGAAGAUUCAUGACAUUUCCGAGGAAGAACGGAAAGUAUACUAUAAGGUGCUAUUCCUAACAAGAGGCCGAGGAAGGGGACGAGGCAAGAGACGUUUUGGCCCUGGUCGAAGGCCAGGGCGUCCCCCCAAAUUUAUCCACUUGGAAAUAACCAGUGAAAAUGGGGAAAAGUGUGAUGAUGGAACACAGAACUUGCUACAUUUUCCCAUCAAGGAGCAGUUUGAAGAGGCUGAGCCAGCCCCUAUGAAUGGGCUGGAUCAACCAGGACAGACUGCCCUCCCAAUCCCUCAGUUGCCCCAGGAAACGCCAUCUUCCAUGGAACAAGAGCCAGAAACCCAAACCCUCGACCUGCAGCCCCAGCAAGAGGAGACUGUGCUGCCCGCCCCAAGCACGCUGACAGCUGAUGACAUGCGCAGAGCCAAACGCAUUCGAAAUGCAGCUCUUCAGCACCUGUUUAUUCGGAAGUCCUUCCGGCCUUUUAAAUGCCUGCAGUGUGGGAAGGCUUUCCGGGAAAAGGACAAACUGGACCAACACCUGCGCUUUCAUGGGCGGGAGGGGACCUGCCCAUUGACCUGUGAUCUCUGUAACAAGGGCUUCAUCAGCAGUGCGUCCUUGGAGAACCACAUGAAGCUCCACUCCGACCAGAAGACUUAUUCUUGCAUUUUUUGCCCCGAAUCCUUUGACCGCCUUGAUUUGUUGAAAGAUCAUGUGGCCAUUCAUAUCAAUGAUGGCUACUUUACCUGCCCAACUUGUAAGAAACGGUUCCCAGAUUUUAUCCAGGUGAAGAAGCACGUGCGAAGCUUCCACUCAGAAAAGAUAUACCAGUGCACAGAGUGUGACAAGGCCUUCUGUCGUCCUGACAAGUUGCGACUCCACAUGCUUCGGCAUUCAGACCGAAAAGACUUCCUGUGUUCCACAUGUGGAAAGCAGUUUAAGCGGAAAGACAAGCUGCGGGAACACAUGCAAAGGAUGCACAAUCCUGAGAGGGAGGCCAAGAAAGCGGACCGCAUCAGCCGCUCCAAGACGUUCAAGCCACGCAUCACGUCCUCUGACUAUGACAGCUUCACGUUCAAGUGCCGCCUGUGCAUGAUGGGCUUCCGGAGGCGAGGCAUGCUGGUAAAUCACUUGUCAAAGAGACAUCCAGACAUGAAGAUAGAAGAGGUGCCUGAGUUAACCCUCCCCAUCAUAAAGCCCAACCGUGAUUACUUCUGCCAGUACUGUGAUAAGGUUUAUAAAAGUGCCAGCAAGCGAAAAGCCCAUAUUCUGAAGAACCACCCAGGAGCCGAGCUCCCACCAAGCAUUCGAAAGCUUCGUCCUGCCGGCCCUGGAGAGCCAGAUCCCAUGUUGAGCACCCACACCCAGCUCACAGGCACCAUAGCCACCCCGCCCGUCUGCUGUCCCCACUGCUCCAAACAGUAUAGCAGCAAGACCAAGAUGGUACAGCAUAUUCGAAAGAAGCACCCCGAGUAUGCCCAGCUCCCUAACACCUUACACACACCCCUGACGACCGCUGUGAUUAGCACUGCCCCCGCCGUUUUAACCACAGACAGCGCCACUGGAGAGACCGUGGUGACCACAGACCUGCUCACCCAAGCCAUGACAGAGCUGUCGCAGACCUUGACUACAGAUUACCGGACGCCGCAAGGGGACUACCAGAGAAUUCAGUACAUCCCUGUGUCACAGUCUACCUCCGGUCUUCAGCAACCUCAGCAUAUCCAGCUUCAAGUGGUGCAGGUGGCCUCAGCCACUUCCCCUCACCAGUCUCAGCAGUCCACGGUGGACGUCGGCCAGCUCCAUGAUCCUCAGGCCUACACCCAGCAUGCCAUCCAGGUGCAGCACAUCCAGGUGACAGAGUCCGCUCCCUCGGCGCCACCGCCAUCCCAGGUAGCUGGGCAGCCCCUGAGCCCGGCCUCCCAGCACUCUCAGCAGGGACUCAGCCCCUCCCAGAUCCAGGGCAGUUCUUCCGCCCAGGGCCAGUCUCUCCAGCAGCAGCAGAGCUCCUCAGUUCAGCACACUUACCUCUCCAACGCUUGGAACUCCUUCCGGGGCUACUCAUCUGAGAUUCAAAUGAUGACACUUCCCGCAGGUCAGUUUGUGAUUACAGAUAGUGGCGUGGCCACUCCUGUCACCACGGGCCAAGUAAAGGCGGUCACACAGGGUCAUUAUGUGUUAUCAGAAAGUCAACCGGAACUGGAAGAAAAGCAAACUUCUGCCCUCUCUGGGGGAGUCCAGGUUCAGCCAACUGCACACAGUGAUCUGGACCCACAGAGCACCAGCCAGCAGCAGCCGACACAAUACAUCAUUACAACCACCACCAAUGAGAAUGGGAGCAGUGAAGUGCAUAUCACUAAACCUUAACUUCUGUCCCCGGAACUAGAAUCAAGCGGUCACAUCAUGUUUUUUUCUCACUCAUAAGUCUGCAAACUUCUGACACUGGGAACUCCUUAACUCUUUUUAAAGAUUUAUCACUCAAAAAAAAAAAAAAAAGAUUUAUCAUUCACUCAAGAGUUUGGAAGCCAUGAUAACUCCUACAUACACUGGGGCUUAUUUUUUACCAAGGCUGUCUUUAUCAAACUGACUCUUCAAACCCUAGGAGUUACUGCCACGGAAUGGAGAGCUUUCAGGAGAAAGAUUCCAUGAUGGAGACACUUUGCCUUUGUUCUUGGAAUUUUUUCUUCUCUUUUCUUUUCUUUUCUCUUCUUUUUUUUUUAAACACAGUGGUAAGCCUUACUUUUCCUUUGUGGAAAUAUUAAGUGGUGUGUUGUGUUCAUACCAAAGGUGGAGAAAGGAUACGCCAAGUCCAUGGCCACAGAACUUCUUAAUUCUGAGUCAUGGCACCAAAGGGGAAGGGGGCAUUUUAUGGACAUGUAUUAGGUCAAACUGUUUCACUUGUGAGCUUGAUUUUGUUCUUUUUACGUAUUUUAACAAAGGGAGCCAAUUGGAUAAGAACAUUUAAAAUGAGGAAAUGAAAGUCUGACAGUGAUGCUCUGAAUGAAAACUGUCAUCUAGAUUUUUGCUAUCACUGUUUUUUUAAACUUGACUUUUUUUUUUUUUUCUCAAAAACCAUUGUUGGGCUAAUAUCCACAGCUGCUGUCCCUCAACAGAUUAGGCCAGAACCUCAUGUUCUGAGAAAUUUACUUUAUUACAAUGACGGACUCCCUGUAAGAGAAAAGGUUGCUUGGUGUCAGAAUUGAAAUGUCGACUUGAAAGCCUUGCUUCCCGUUCUCUGGUUGUGGUUGAAGAUAGUGAUACUGGUACCAGGAAAAAUUACUAGAACACUGAUAAUAAAAAGCACUGAAAGCUUGUAGGAUCCAUUGACCAUUCAUCUCCAGAGGAUGAAUUCCUGGCUCUUCUCAUCAGGUGUACAUUCAGCUCUUGCUCACAGCAUUUGGUGUGUUUUAGUACUUCUAAUGCUGUUUUAAAAUGAUCAUUCUUUGAGGUUGGAUGGAAAGGUGGCCCUCCUUCCUUCUUAAUGCUAGUAUUAAACAUCUUGCAAUCCUCUGAUUUUUUUUUUUAAAGAUGAUUCAUACUUAGGUGAAAAAUAAACAUGUGGGGACCACUUAUAAUUUGCUAAGUGAAUUAGAAAGGAUCUGGAAAAAUUCCAGUCUAUAUGAAUGUUAAAGUGUUAGUUAGGAGAGAGGGAAAAAAAUCUGCCUCAAUGAUAGUUUUUCUUAACUAUGUUCCUGUUUUGGGAGUUUGUUUGCUAUGAAUUCAACAGGAAAAUAGUUUCCUUUUCUUUUUAAUUGUACAUUCCAAGUAUACACAUAAAACAUAGGAGAAAGCAGUAUGUAUUUUAAGAACUUUUUGUGAUACGCUAACACGUUUUUAAGGAUAAUUAUUGCAUGAUAGACUUUCUCACUCCAGAACAGAAAGAUUUAACUUCAAUUUCAAAGGAAGUUAAUUAAUUUAUUUUAUUUACAUUUCUAGCUAAAAACUAGUUCUACCAAUUAAGACAUAGGGUACCUUUAUGGUAAGGAUACUUUUCUGAGGAAUAAACAAGUCUGUUGAAACAACUUUGUUGACAUUGUAGAUUUUGCACUUUAUUUUUUGAGACCUCAUUCAUUCAGUUAUCCCUAGAGAUUUGACCACUAAGAGAACUUGACAACGUUACUUGGUAAAUGUGUAGUGACAGGAAAUGGGUUCUAUGUCUUUGGUAACUGAGACGUAAUGGUGAUGUUUUCAGUAGAAAAUAUUGACCCUAGGUCACAAAAUAGAGACUCAGGGUCUCAAAGUCCCACACAUAAUAUUGUAAAUAACCUAAUAUCCAGACUAGAGAGACUUGGUAGGUGAAAAAUAUUAGACUUUCUCAAGGAUCUAGUUUAGUUUUUUGGUUUCUUUUUUCUUUUCUUUCUUUCUUUCUUUUCUUUUUUUUUUUACCUUAAACUUGACCCUGAUGGGUCCUUUUUGAGUCAGGAAGGCACCACCCCUCUCCCUCAGGAAUAACUUAUUGAUCAGAAUAGAAAACUAUCACUAAAUGGAAUGUUCAUUUGAUGCCAGUUAUUUUGAGUUUUAAAAUACACAGAAGAAAACAUUGUGGGAGGAUUUCUUUGUGUCUUUCCCAUCUAACUUUGUUUUUGUUUUACUGUCCUUAUGUGGAGUAAGUGAAGACUCUCAAACUCAUUUGUAUGUGAUCAGGGAGAGAUGGCAGGUGGCAGCCAAGCCAAACCAACACAGCUUUAAGAUCAGGUAUUCUGCACAUUCAUUCCAAGGUACAGUAAUAGAUUUUUCAAAAGGACAUGGAUUUCAAGUGAUGGAAUAUUAGAAACCAUCUAACGACCCAAUCUGGAAAUGCUGUAUGUAGCCAGAAUUUAUAUUGUGGCUUAUUUUAAAAAUACAUGGGCACUGAGGACUUCUCUGCCAGUACAGUGUGAACAUGUCGGAGUAGGUAUUGAGUAGCUUUUACAUUUUCAUUGUUUGAUUUGUGCCCACAGGGACAUUUCAUCAUGUGAAAUUCUUGUUAUUCUUGCGGAAGAAGAAACCUGUUCUUUUGAUCUUUUUUGAAUUGUUUUCCAAUUUAGAAUUAUCCUUUCAAAAAAGUCUAUGAUGUCUAGGGCUAAGAAGCACUUCAUGAGAGGUUAAAGCUGACCCACAAAUUGAAAAUGUUACUGUAUCCUGUUAUUUAAAUGUGAACAUUAAUUGUACAUUCAGUGAGUUAAUAGUGUUAAUAGUCUUGUGCUACUCAGCAGGUGUAAAAACUUAAUAAAUAUUUUUUGUAAUAAA